AUGAGCGACGGCGCGAGAGACUCGACCCCUUGCAGCAGUCCUGCAUCGCACUCUGACGAUUCAGAAGAGUGUCACUCGGACGGGUCCUUGGUCCUUGUCAAUAAGCGAGAAGAUCCUCCUCCACUCGGUGCCGCAGCCCCGCUCCUAGCGACUGCAACUCAGCCCCGUUCGCGCCGCCUUGCGCCACCCGUGCCAUCGCCGAUCGUUACCGCCCAGCCCGGGGCUUCUGCGGGGCUCAACCCCACGUCAUUGCAGCCGGGAGCUUCUGCUGAGCCUGCUCCUGCUUUGGGCACGAGCUCUCUCUCUCCCCUCUCCCCAUCACCAACCUCAACUACCGAGAUGGUUGCGACGACGAGCUUCUCAUCCCACACCAGUGUCGUGCACUCGGGUGAGGCUGGCGUCGACAUGCCCGCUCGCCGAGCGCUCCAGGACGAUUCGCGUGAGGUCGUCGGCGGCCCCGCUUCGGGACUGUACCCCGAGGUCGUGACCAAAGUCACCUCGAGUCCUGUCGACACACCCACCUCAGGGUCCUCCUCGUCCAAGCCAUGGUACGCCAAGCUCGCUACCCCUCUGGUCGGCAAGCACCACGGCAAGAGUCGUCGCAACAACCGCGAGCUUGGCGAGGCCGAGGCCGGCUUUGAGAGCAGCGACGAUGAGGGCGACGUCGGCGGAGAUGCCGGAGAGAACGACAAGAAAGAACAAGACGUGAAAGCCGCUGAGGUGCUUGAUGAGGUCGACGGAAGGAAAGAGGUCAGUCUAGUUCUUGCGAUGGAGGGUACCGAACACAUGUGCUGAAAAUCUCUCGCGCCCGCCACUCCUGCCACCGCAGCCAUCGACCCCGAUUCAUCAAUCGGGAUCGGCACGUCGAGGUCUCGCACCCGUUGCCAUGCCCGAUCGACAACUGAACCCCGACACGAAUGACAGCCCAAGUAUGAGCGAAUCGAUCAAGGACCGCAUCUCCGAGGAUCACCACCCCUCGCCCAAGGUGUCCAACUUCAAGUUCCACAAGCUUUUCGCCUCCGAGAUCCCCGACGACGACGAGCUCAUCGAGGACUACCGCUGCGCCUUGCAAAAGGACGUUCUCGUACAAGGCCGUCUCUACCUCUCGGAACACUAUCUCGCCUUCAAAGCCAAUAUUCUUGGCUGGCAGACUUCGGUGUGCAUUCCCUUCUCUGAGAUUGUCACGAUCGAGAAGCGCAUGACCGCGCUCGUCAUUCCGAACGCGAUCGAGGUGACGACCCUCAACACUCGGCAUGUUUUUGCCUCUUUCUUGGCUCGGGAUCCAGCUUACGAUCUACUCGUCGAUCUGUGGCGCCACAACCAUCCUGGAGAGGAGCGAUCGCGCGAAAGCAAGGACCAAGAUUCUGCGAGCAUCGUCAGCGACGCCGGGGGUGCGAACGGCAUAAACCGCGGUGGUGACGUCAGCAGCGAAAUCUCGUACGAGGACGAGCACGGAGAACGAAAGAAGCACAAGUUUACGAACGCGCUCGCUAAAGUCGGAUCACGCCUCAAGUCGAUCACCGCCGUCAACGAAGACAAGCCCGAGGGCAAGACGGAAGCGGAAAAGAUCAAGGACAAGGCCAAGAAGGACAUGCAAGGCGAUCUCGGCCACGAGCCGACCGAGUACGACGGCGAAGAGUUUGCGAAUGUCGCUCUCGAUUGCGUUCUACCGACUUCGCCUCAAAAGGCCUACGAGCUGUUCAUCCACGAUUCCGAGUUUUUGAAGGGCUUCUUUACCGACGACCAAGGUCUCAAGGAAGUCGAAAUCGGGGAGUGGGAGUCGAACGGUGACGGCGAUCUCCAGAAACGCGAAAUGUCGUACAUCAAGCCGCUGAACGGCUCGAUCGGUGAGUAUUUGCACACAAAUUUUGCAUCCAAGAAACGCCACACUUAUCCGAUCUUUCUUCCACCUCCAUCAGGCCCCAAGCAGACGCACUGCAACAUCAAAGACGAGAAUGAGAAGGUCGACCCCGAGAAGUACAUCUCCAACAUCACUACCACCCAGACACCCGACGUUCCUGCCGGCAAAGAUUUCUCUGUGCGCACGAAAACGGUGACGACCUGGUCCGACGAAGGCGGAGCGCGCGUGCGCGUAACGACCGAAGUCGAGUGGACCAAGACGAACAGGAUGCUCAAGGGCAUUAUCGAGAGGAGUUGUAUCGAUGGGCAGAAGAAGUAUCACCAAGACCUUGAGAAGGCGGCAAGAGCGCAUAUCGAAGCCAACCCUGACGACUUCAAGGAUCCAGGCGUCACGACGACCGGCGCCAGUGGUGGCUCGAAGAAGGGUGGCGAUGACAGCGCUCGGGCAUCCGCAAGUGAGGAAAGCGAGUCGCUCUUCUCGUCCUUCUUGGAGCAGCUCACCGGACCCAUGGGAAUCGUUGUUGGCCUCGUCGUCAUUCUCGCUCUCACGAAUCUGUUCACCCUCAAUGCACUGCGCGUGCAGGCACGAGCAGCUCACCACGCCCGCAUGGGCCAGCCUCACGAAGUCGCCAGUGCCGUCAUGCGUGUCCUCGACCAGUACAAGUCCGUCUAUGCAACUACAGGGUCCAAAAGCUCUGCCGAAGUAGAGAUGAAGAGUUUGCUCAAGGUCGUCGAAGAUCUGGAAGCGACCGCGGCCGGGUUGGUCAAUCGCGUUAAAAGUGUGGCGUCGAUGCUUUAA